AUGAAACUGAACAAUGAAACUGUAUCAAUCGAGCUUAAGAACGGAACUGUAGUCCACGGAACCAUCACUGGUGUUGAUGUGAGCAUGAACACUCACUUAAAGACGGUUAAGAUGACUCUAAAGGGGAAGAAUCCAGUGACAAUGGAUCAUCUAAGCUUGAGGGGUAACAACAUUCGUUACUACAUUCUUCCUGAUAGCUUGAAUUUGGAGACUUUGCUUGUUGAAGACACUCCUCGUCUUAAACCUAAGAAGCCUGUUGCUGGGAAACCUGUUGGAAGAGGAAGAGGACGUGGUGGUCGUGGUCGUGGUGGUGGUGCUGGUCGUGGCAGAGGUCGUUAA